AUGGAGGAGAGAAGAAUAAGGUGGAGGUUACUGGAGAGAGCGAAGGUUGAGAGAGCAAAGGAGAGGGAAGUAAAAAUGGAGAACAGGAAGAUAGAGAUAGAAGGGGUAGAAUGGGUAUGGGAUGUGAAAGAGCAGGAAUUGGGAGACAAUGCAAUCCUAAGGGAAGCAUUUAAUAAACAUACAUUAAAAUAUAAUGAGGGUAACCAUCACAUUACCAUAAAAGAACCGUCCUGUCCUAAAGUAAAUGCUAAACCUUCUCAAAAGAAAACUUUUGUCAACACUGCCACUCAAACCUUCAUGAAGACUGCUUUUACCAUGGAUAAGCUUCGUAACAAUCCAAAGGGUGUGGCUUACUAUACCGGUCUUGAAUGCUUUGAGAAGUUGGAAUUAGUUUUACGUAGUUUGGGGCCAGCAGCUUAUGAGCUGACAUAUAGAUAUGGUAAUGUAGUAAAUGUUGCUGUUGAAGAUCAGUUUAUUAUGACUCUUAUCAAAUUGAGGACAGCUAUGCCUGAUUUUGGUUUAGCUUUGAUGUUUGAUGUUUCUAAAAAGACAGUUCAGAAUAUUGUUGUUACAUGGUUAAAUUUUAUGUAUUGCGAGUGGUCUGAAAUGGAUAUAUGGCCUAGCAAGGAUUUGAUAAUGUAUUAUAUACCUUCAGGAUUUAAACAGAUGUAUCCUUCAACUAGAGUCAUAGUAGAUGGAACAGAAUUUCCAAUCAGUGCUCCUAAAAAUCCCAAAUUUAAGCAAGCAACCUUCAGCACGUACAAGAACAGAACCACACUGAAAGUACUGGUUGGUGCAACAUAUAGUGGACUUAUUUCUUAUAUUUCUUCAGCUUAUGCGGGAUCAGUGAGUGACAGAGCGAUAGUUGAAAGGAGUAAUUUUACUACGAAAUGUAAGCCCGGUGACUCUAUAAUGGCUGAUCGUGGAUUUACAGUCCAAGAUUUGUUUGCUCUAAGACGGGUAUCAGUAAAUAUGCCAGCUUUUCUCAAGGGUAAGACUCAGUUACCAGGCAUGACCCUUCUUAAAGAUCGCAAACUUGCCAGCAAAAGAGUCCACAUAGAGCGACUUAUUGGCUUAAUAAAGACCUACAGAAUUUUAAAAACUGAACUUUCUGCUUAUUAG